UGAUUCAGAAUUACACUCUUGGUUCCUGGACACCCUGCAGAUGCUGGUUGGGCAGGGCGCGAGGGUUCUGGUCGAUGCACGAGACAAGCUUGGUAUCCCCUGGCAGUACUCUGAGAAUGAGAAGCACGGCAUGUUCCUCAUGGCUUUCGAGAACAAGGCAGGGCUGCCCGUGGACCCCGCCACCUUCCAGCUCUACGUGCCCGCCCUGAGCGCGCUCUGGGGGGACUCCGGCAUCAGGGAGGCGUUCAGCCGCAGGAGCGAGUUCCAGCUGGGCGAAUCGGUGAAGUACUUUCUGGAUAACUUGGACCGGAUUGGCCAGCUGAACUACUUCCCGAGCAAGCAGGACAUCCUGCUGGCAAGGAAGGCCACCAAGGGCAUCGUGGAGCACGACUUCGUCAUCAAGAAGAUCCCCUUCAAGAUGGUGGAUGUGGGCGGCCAGCGGUCCCAGCGCCAGAAGUGGUUCCAGUGCUUCGACGGGAUCACAUCCAUCCUGUUCAUGGUCUCGUCCAGCGAGUACGACCAGGUCCUCAUGGAGGACAGGCGCACCAACCGCCUGGUGGAGUCCAUGAACAUCUUCGAGACCAUCGUCAACAACAAGCUCUUCUUCAACGUCUCCAUCAUCCUGUUCCUCAACAAGACGGACCUGCUGGUGGAGAAGGUGAAGACCGUCAGCAUCAAGAAGCACUUCCCAGACUUCAAGGGCGACCCGCACAGGCUGGAGGACGUCCAGCGCUUCCUGGUCCAGUGUUUCGACCGGAAGAGACGGAACCGCAGCAAGCCUCUCUUCCACCACUUCACCACCGCCAUUGACACUGAGAACAUCCGCUUCGUGUUCCACGCCGUGAAGGACACCAUCCUGCAGGAGAACCUGAAGGACAUCAUGCUGCAGUGACGGGGCUGCCCUCGCUCCUGCCGGCCGCGGGCCGGGCCUGCCUGUCCAUGUGUGGUCCCGACCCCAAGCCCUGGAUGCCCAGCUCCGGGUGCGAGGCCCGCCAGGCCUGCGCUCGGCCGCAGGACGGGACACGUGGACGUAGCUACUGAAUCCCGGGGACUCGUGAAACUACUGAAAGUCCAGCAGUCACUUUGAUGUUAACGUGUGACGCCUGAUAACACAGCUCUCUCUUUUUCAGAAACUGUCUCUUCUGACACAGUUUAGUCGGGGACCGCGUGUGUGUGCACGCACGCUCUGUCUUUAGUGACCGAGACACAAACACGUCUCUGCGGGUGGCUCUUCUCUCCAGCUCGUGAGUCCUCGGUGGGGGCGCUGCUUGGCGGCGUCCUGGGGGUUUGGAGGAGGGGAAGUGUGGGCUGAGUUCGGGGGGACCCUGCCACUACCUCCCCGAGGGAGCGCCUGGCCUUUUCAGUCUCUGGUGCCAACUUCCCAAGAGGCCCCGGCUGUCAGGUUGGAGGGUGGGAGUGAGCGCCCACAGGGGGACCUGCCUUAACACCCCCACACCCGUGCCUUCCUCCCACCCGUCCGAUCGGCCACGGCCCGCGGUGGGAGGUGUGGGCCGGGCGCUGCCUUGAUUCCCCCUCCCGUCUGCACGGGGAGGCGGGUGGUGCUUGCUUGCCCUGUGCCCACCCCGCCCUGCAGCAGAGCCCCCACACCAGCUGGCCUCGCAGACUGCCCUCCUCUCCCAGUCGUCUCCCACACGUGCGGUCGGCUCGGGGAGCCUGCCGUCGGCUCGGGGAGCCUGCUGUCUCUGGAGGAGGCCGAGCGCCCCCUCCUCUCAGGGCCCGCUGAGAGUGGACGGCGGGGCCCGCGGCACCUGCCUUAACACCCCAGGCUCUCCUGCCUCCCUAGACGCCAGGCGCUCCUCACGGCCCCUCGCUUCCACUAACACACACACGUAGCAGAAAGCCCCCAGAGGAGGCCGCUGUGGAGGCUGUGAGUGGUGAUGGGCGCCGGCAAACCAGACCGUCAGUGAGCGUGUCCGGCUGCCCUGUCCAGGUGUCUCUCACCGGGUUUAAAAACACAUCGCAUUCCAAGCCAGUCCCCACCGUGUGUGGCUCUGCUUGCCAGUGUCCGGCGCGUUGAGGACUCGUCCAGCAUUUGAAAGAGGAAAAGCCUUCCUCUGCUAGUGGCCCAGCCUGCGCCUGUGGUUCAGGGCCCGUCCCCAGGCCCCGUGUUCCCAGCCAUGUCUCCGCAGGGGUCCUGCUCACCUUCACCAGCAAACACUGAUCUAGCUCGCGGCAGAUGCUGGCCCAGGAGGAAAGGGAGGGCAAACCUGCUUCUGAGUCAUCCGUGUUAUCCCAGUGUCUAAUGAGGAGACAGCAUGAAGUCCUGUUUCUAUCUGGGCCCUCAAGACUUCCUGUCCAUGUUUGCCGGGGUUUGGGCUCUUUGGCUGGAGAAAAGUUGCUGUUUUUGUACUGCUUCCUGUGGCUCUUCGUAAACCGAGAGGAUGUGCCCGGGAUCGGGGCCAGUGACCAAGGUUUAAAGGAGACAGAACCCUCUGGAUGGACUGCAUCCGGGCAUCCUGAGACCCUGCUGUCCUCGGGCCUCACGCCCCUUGCCCGCGGGCUCCCAUCACACACGUGUAUCCGGAUCCACGCUCUUCCCGCCAACCUGGAAACCCCUCCUCACGCUGGCAGAGGUGGCAGCCCCUGAGGUCAGUGUGGCUGGUGGAGGGUCUGUGAGUGGCUUGCUGGCGAGCUGGAGUCCACCCGGUCAGCGAGCGCGGUUUGUCCUUCAGACCAUCUGUCGUGGCUGCCGGCUCACUCUCAGACCCGAGAGCGAGCUCGUUUUGAGGGGCCGUGACUGUGCUGAGUGGCCUGGCAGCCAGGGCUCGGCCCAGACCCAACCCACUCCCUCCCCUGCAGCCAGGAGCCGUCCUUGUGCUGAGCCGAGCAGGCGUGAUGGCACUCGGCCCUCCGUUCCAGGAUCCGUGCUCGUCAGAGACACAGACGGCUCCGCAGGCUCAGCUAAAACCAUCUGCAGUCUUUCCACACAUAGGUUAUAGUCACUUCUCUCCCAAACCUUAGGCCUUUGUAUUGUUUUAAUCUCACUGUUACCCGUGAUUUGCUGUCUUUUAUUUUGAGAUGUUGGAGCAGCAGGGGAUAGUCUGCCUCAUCUAUUAUUGCAAAAAUGUAACAAUAAACUUCCUCGAACUAAGACUU